AUGCUUCUCUUUCAGCCCUUCUCAGCCGUGGGGCCAGUUUUGAUUUCCCUGGAACUUCUGGGCAAUAACCCGAAGGAUGGAGUGCGGAUGAGCCGGAUCUCAGCUCAGAGUAAGACCAAGAGUACAUUCCUUUUUUCUUCGCUAAAGUUUCUGGAAGUAAUAUCGAAGGCCAAAUUAAGAGAGCUGAAGAAGAUUAAUAUUCUUUUCUUUACAUUUUCAUUUCCCGCACUAACGCCGAUGGGUAUUUUCCUUUUCUGUAGGAACAUGGUCAAAUCCGAACCUCAUGGACUUACUUGGGAAGUUGUCCAGCGCCUUAGUUGCUUGAAACAAUUAGAAGAAAGCCUUGGAAAGGAAGACAAUGACAAUAAUCAUUCCAACGUUAAAUCUAUUAUAGCUGCAUAUCGCUCCAAAAACCUACACUGGAAUGAAAAUGCAGUCACUUAUUGGUCAUAUGGUCAAUUGAUUGCUGGUCCUAAGAAGUUAGAUAUUCAGGAACUCUAUGCUCUUAGCGCAAAGUAUGGUCCAAAGGGAUUUUGGGUAGAGGGUAUAGAUGGAUUUAGGCCGGGCCAUUUAUACGUGUUUCUUACCUUAAACUCGCGCCACAAUAGAUUUGCGCUCCAAACGGUUCAUAUAACCAUUCGAAAGCCAGCUACCCAGGCAACAAGUACAAUGGCGACUACGCUCAACUUAGACUUUCUUGAGGAUAGUGGUUCUUCAACAAUGCGAAUCGUUGAUGAUGACAAAAAUCAACUUGAAACACUAUCGGGUGGGACUCUACCAAUUCUCGGAAAAGCAAUCAAACAAACUGCCAUGGGUCAGAUUUAG